AUGCCUCAGCCGGGUAUGAACGGGAUGGAGCCUGUCUUUGGCGAGGCCUAUGGGGGCCACAGGGGCCUGCUGAGCCCCUGUCCUUUGGCCAUGUCGCCACAGGGGGGCAGGACAGAAUAUGAUCAGCUCCUUAUGCUGGGCUCCCAGGCAUUUUCAAGGAAACGGCCUUUUGAGUUGUUGAGUGACCUGGUGGACGACGGGGGUUUUGGCGAGGACCAGCACACGGAGCGCUGGGAUGUGUCUGCUCUGGAUGAGAUGACUCGUUACACCAAGCUAGGUCUCGGGGUUGGGGGUGACCUGCUAGCCAGCUCUGAGGAGGCUGUCCUAAUGGGCCGUUGGGGGAGGAGUCUGGAGGAACAAGACAAGGAAGAGGAAGAGAAGAAGAUGAACGGGUGCACAUCAGCUCCGCCUGUCUCCCAAGAAGUCCAGGUCUCUGCAGCAAGGAAAGAUGGUGGAUGUGUUUCCAUUCCCACAGCUACAUCGAGGGAGGUGUGCACUGCAGGAAGCAGGGCAGAGGAAAGACAGGAUGGGUUGUCAGGGGAGACUACAGUGGAGGUCUAUCAGGUGGCACAGGAGGAAGAGGAAACUGUGGCGGUUGCGGCAGCAGGGCUAACUUUGGAGCACUGUAGUGAGGAGCAUAACUACUCCCUGAGUCAGGGUGAGGAGGUGGAGGCUGGGCCGGCUCACAACUCCCAGUCUGAGGAGGUGCUGGCAGCCAAGACUCAUCUGGAGGUGCAGUGCAGCGAGGAAAGCCACAGUCAAACAGAACUGGAGGAUGAGGAACAAGAUGAAGAGGACGGAGCGGAGGAGACAACGGUGGAGGCUGAACUCUCGAGCUCCUCGGACACAGAGUGUGACGAGCCCUCAGACCGCCAAGUCCGAUUUGGCUGGCAGAGCGGCGGCACAUUAGAUUUCAGAUUUAUGGGUGUAAUUUACAGCCUUCCUGCUGAGCCUGGUCACUGUCGUCACACGGCUCUGAGGGUCUCCUGCACUCCCCUCAUCCACAUCACAAGCAAGGUUUUCCCUGGCCAGCAGCAGGGGAAAGAUCGCCUAGCGCGCUUGGAGAAGGGGUACCAGCAUGAAGGGAACAUCACAAUGUAUGCAGUGAUUACCCACCACGGCGUCAUCCACCACCAUGCUACCCUUGGCCCCUCCAACACUGCCCAUCUGAUCAUAUUCCUGGACACACUACACAACACACUCCUUCCACCAGAUCAGAUAGAUGGCCCAGAGCAGCUCAGACAGAAAGUGUAUGACCUAAAUUCACAAACGCGUAUACUGGCCAGAGACUUCAACAAUGGCACGCUGGCCGAUGAUAUUCCUUCCCCUCCAUCUUUUUGA